CAUACCCUUCCCUGUUUCUGAAAAUAUCAAUAGAAGAAGGUUUCAUCUCAAAAUAUGGAAGUCAAGAUCAGUCUGAUCAUUGCUUUAACACUCAUAAUACUACUACUACUAUACAUGUGGAAAGCUCUGGAUCGCCUAUGGUUGAAGCCUAAAAAGCUAGAAAAGUUGCUGAGACUGCAAGGUCUCAAGGGAAACCCCUAUAGGUUGUUCUAUGGAGAUACUAUAGAUAUGGCUACUAUGGCAAAAGAAGCAAGUUCUACCUCUCUAAACGUAACCGAUGACAUCCUGCCUUUUGUUUUGCCAUUCCACCAUCAUAUCAUGAAGAAACAUGGUAAAAAUUGUUUUUCAUGGAGCGGGCCACUUCCGAGGAUUAACAUCAUGGAUCCUGAGCUUAUAAAUGAAAUAUUGCUUAAGAACAAUACAUUUAGAAAACCAGAGCAGAGCCCUGUUCACAAAUUAUUAAACACAGGCCUUGUAACAUAUGAGGAUGAGAAAUGGACCAAGCAUAGGAAAAUUAUGAAUCCAGCUUUCUAUGCAGAGAAGUUAAAGCAAAUGUUGCCGCACAUAUAUACAAGCUGUAGGGAGAUAAUAAACAAAUGGGAGGAACUAAUCCCAAAAGGAGGAUCAAGUGAGGUGGACGUGUCGCCAUAUCUGCGUAACUUAACAUCGGAUGUGAUUUCUAGGGUUGCAUUUGGAAGUUGCUAUGAGGAAGGAAGAAGGAUAUUUGAGCUCCAACAGGAACAGUCUCAACUUGUAUAUGUUGCUAUGCAGUCACUGAUUCCAGGAUGGAGGUUCUUGCCAAACAAGACAAAUAAGAGAAUGAAAGAAAUCUACAAUGAGAUAGAUAGUCUUGUGCUAGGCAUAAUAGAGAACAAGAUGAAGGCCAUGAAUGUAGUUGAAGAAGAAGGUGAUGGAGAUUUAUUAGCUAUGCUGUUACGAGCAAAUCUGGAAGAAAUUGAAGAACAUGAUGCUGGAAUGAGUAUCAAGGAAGUAAUAGAAGAAUGCAAGCUAUUCUAUUUCGCAGGGCAAGAGACAACUGCAAAUCUACUAACAUGGGCUGUAGUUUUAUUAAGCCAACACCCGAAUUGGCAAGAACGUGCAAGGGAAGAAGUUCAGAAAGUCCUAGGUGAAAGAAAACCAGAUUACGAAGGGCUAAAUCGUCUGAAAGUUGUAACGAUGAUAUUGAACGAGGUUCUAAGAUUAUAUCCACCAUCAAUAAUGCUAAUGCGAAUUGUUCAUGAAGAGACGAAACUAGGAGAGAUGACCUUACCUGGUGGAGUGCGAGUGAUAGUGCCGACGAUCUUCGUUCAUCGUGAUGAAGAAGUUUGGGGUGAAGAUGCAAAGGAAUUCAAACCGGAGAGAUUCAGUGAAGGAAUAGCGAAGGCGAUGAAGAAACAAGUUUGUUUCUUCCCUUUUGGAGGAGGUCCUAGGAUAUGCAUAGGGAACAAUAUGGCAAUGUUUGAAGCAAAGGUGGCUCUAGCGAUGAUACUUCAACACUUUAAGUUUGAGCUUUCGCCAUACUAUAAUCAUGCGCCUGGAUUUGUUGUAACCCUUCGUCCUCAAAAGGGAGCUCACCUCAUAUUGCAUAGAAUCUAGAUCAUCUUCAUUUCUACCGGAGGAGGAUA